UCGUUUUUGAUCUCUGAUAUAUGAAAUCUCUGCUAGCUCAUCCUCAAGUUUCUCAAUAUAUAUAUAACUUUGUUUAAUUAGUUCCUCCACAGAAGGGAAAGAUAAACUUUCAAAGUGAAAGUAAUCAGAAUGAUGAAGAGCUUCUCUAGUAUUGUGAUUCUUUCUAUGGCAAUGUUUAUGAUGGCUAAUAGCAGCCUUGGGUUGAGGCCUCAUCAAUUUAGCUUGCAAGAGGAAGGAGGUGGUGUUGGUGAUAGAGACAAGUCUCCUACUAAUUACCCGCAUUACAAGGAAAGAGCAAAGAGCCAUGGAUUGGGAAUGGAAAUGUACCCAACAGGAUCAAGCUUGCCAGACUGCGCACAUGCAUGUGGGCCAUGCUUCCCAUGUAAGAGGGUGAUGAUCAGCUUCAAGUGUUCUGUGGAGUCUUGCCCUAUUGUCUAUAGGUGCAUGUGUAGAGGAAAAUACUACCAUGUACCCUCCAAUUGAUGAUUUAGUACUAUAGCUAGUACUAGCAUUAUAAGUAACUAUCUUUUUAGAGACUAUGGCUCUCUAUUAAUUAUUUCAUUUGCUAUGUUAGGUAAGUUUUUUAGUGCAAGAUGUUCGCGGUGGGAGGGUAAAGUUUGUAAAUGUUCCGAUGGAAUCGAUCCGAUGAUCAGAUUUUGUUAGUUGGUAGGGUUUAGAUUUUGUUUGUUAAGCAAAUUUGAAGCCACGAUUAUCUUUCGAUUGUUUAGGUGGUGUUUGUUUCAUAUGUACUUUGAACCGCAGUUCAAACCUCUUUAUU